AUGUGGAGCCCUGCCGCAGAAUUCAGCAGACAUAGACUGGUGCGACCAGUGGUGCAACAUGCCAGAACGAAAAGGGCAAUCUCCACCACGAGAGACAAGGCGGGAGCACAUCAUUCAGCGGUGACGGUGACGGUGAACAUAGACGGCGAAGAGUACGUCCUGGACUUGAGGCUGAACGAAGACCUCGUAACUGACAACCACGUCCUCAGCUAUCAGAAGAACGGGGAGACUGUACUGCAUAGACCGAGUAAGGAGGAGCUGGACUUGUGCCAGUAUUCCGGGGAGGUUCGCGGCAGGGAGAACUCUUGGGUGGCGGUUUCAACUUGCCACGGCGUUCGUGGGGUUAUUUACGAUGGCAAUGAGAUGCGAUAUAUCGAACCCGCCGAAGGCGGCGAGGUGUCCUCCCAGCAUUACGUUUACGACCACUCGCACCUCACUAGGACACACCGGUGCGGCUACGACGGCGGCGCAACGAACAACUCCCACUACGACCCUCAGCUAAUGGAGAAACAUGAGAAAAGGCGGAACGCGGAGAGCAGCAGAGCUAGUAGGUACAAGCGCGAGGCGUACGAAGACAAGCAGGUCCGAGAACCCUACAUCGCCAACAAGCUGUCCCGGUACGUGGAACUGGUGCUGGUUGCGGACAACAGGGAGUAUAAAGCCAACGGAGAGAGCCUGCAGACUGUGCACCGUCAGCUCAAGGACGUGGCGAACAUCAUCAACUCGGUAUACUCUCCACUAAACAUCUUCAUAGCUUUAGUAGGCGUUGUUGUUUGGAGUGAGAGAGACGAAAUACAAUUAGAGGAGAACGGCGAUAGGACGCUGACGAACUUUCUCGUGUACAGGCGCAUGAGGCUAUUAUCGGAAAUACCCAACGACAAUGCGCACUUAUUGACCCGCCAGAAGUUCCAAGAGGGUGUGGUGGGGAAGGCGCUGAAGGGCCCCAUCUGCACGUUCGAGUUCUCGGGCGGCGUGGCGACCAACCACUCGGAGGUGCUGGGCCUGGUGGCGACCACCAUCGCGCACGAGAUGGGCCACAACUUCGGCAUGGAGCACGACACGGAGGGCGACUGCGACUGCCCCGACGAGAAGUGCAUCAUGAGCCCCUCGAGCACCUCCGUGAUGCCGGUCCACUGGUCCUCGUGCAGCCUGAGGUCUCUGGCGCUCUCCUUCGAGCGGGGCAUGGACUACUGCCUCAGGAACAAGCCGAAGCGUCUGUUCGGGUCGCCGACGUGCGGGUCGCCGACGUGCGGUAACGGGUUCGUGGAGGCGGGCGAGCAGUGCGCUGCGCGCCGACUGCGGCGUGGGCGGCCGGAGGGCGAGGUCCGCCUGCCUCGCGUGCUGCGACCAGAGCAGCUGCAUGCUGCGCGCCAACGCGAGCUGCGCCGCGGGCUCCUGCUGCGAUCUGCGGGUCGGCCAAAGUCGGCAGGGACGGUCUGCCGUACGGCAGACAGGGAGUGCGACCUUCCAGAAUACUGCACGGGACAUUCCGAGUUCUGUCCCGAAGACGUCUACCGGAUGGACACCACUCCGUGCGGGAACAAGGAGGCAUAUUGCGUUCGCGGCGCCUGUCGCUCCCACACGGACCAGUGCAAGCUGCUUUGGGGCUCCACGGGCGAAAGCUCCGACAACAGAUGCUACACGUCCACCAACAUCAAAGGGACUAAGAACGGCAACUGCGGCUACGACCGCGUCCGCCAGAUCUUCCGUCCGUGCGCCGCCGCGGACUCGCGCUGCGGACUGCUCCAGUGCCGGCACCUCAACGAGCGGCUCGAGUUCGGAAUGGAGUCCGUGGCCCAGCUGUCGGCGCUCUUCAUCAACAACAACGGUACCAUAAUCCCGUGUCGGACGGCCAUAAUAGAUCUGGGCCUGAGCGACGUCGAUCCGGGAAUGGUCCCAGACGGCGCGAAGUGCGGCGACGACAAGAUGUGCUUGAACCAAAAGUGCGUUGACAUUGAAGCGAUAAGGACGGCAAUAGCGAAGAAAGAGACGGCUGUCUGCCCCUCUAAUUGCUCCGGACACGGCGUUUGCAACUCUGAAGGUCACUGCCAUUGCGACGUCGGCUUCGCGCCCCCACUCUGCGCCUUGCCUGGCCCCGGCGGCUCCUACGAUUCUGGACCCGCAACAGACUCGAGCAUCCAAAGGAACUUCAUGAUUGCGAUGUACGUGAUCUUCCUCGGUAUACUCCCCACGAUCCUGCUGGUGCUGUUCCUGGUCUACUACUCGCGCCACAACGUGAUGGUGUGGUGGAAGAAGCCGCGCAAAAAGUACGUACACAACCUAAUAGCGGGCGGCAGGGGCGAGCGCCCGAAGAGACGCGCCCCAGGACACUUGAGCAGACUGCGCAGCCUCAACUCCAGCACCAGCUCUGUCCUAAGACUUCUGAGCGUCAAGCGCCCCGCCCGCCUCGAACCCGAGACCGCCGCCAAACCGGACGGCGAUGACGCGGAAGGCCACAUCUACGAGAUCAUCGGCGAUCCGGUGGUGCUCUCGAAAACCCCACCAGUCCCGUGGUUCCGCAGGAUUUUCAGGAUCGAGAGGACCACGAGGAAAACGCUGUCGACCAGAAAACUGCUCAAAGCCACGAGCAGGGACGACACAAACGAUAGCGCCGAAGUAGACGCGACGGCUACCGAGACGGCCGAAGUCCGCGUCGAUAGAAAACCGGUAAUAGUGAACACCGGAUUGACUUCGACCACGAACUUGAAUAUCGGUAAAGAGCAUAUAAAGCGUAGCGAUCCCACGCCGUCCGUAUCUAAAAUAAACCCAAACGGGGUUAACGGUGUACCGCACGCCAAAGAUAGGACUACGGUGGACGACGUUAAAUCAACAAUAACUAAUAGUGACAAAGAUAAGAAUAAAAUUGUUGACGUUAAAAGAGCCGUUACCAAUAGUGCCAAAAAUAAGAAUAAAGUACAUGACGUUAAAAAACCCGUUACUAAUAACGUCAAAGAUAGGACUACAGUAGACGGCGUUAAAAGAGCCGUUAAUAAUAGCGCCAAAGCGUUGGGCGCUAAGAAAUCGGCGAUAAUCAACACCGGCCUGGCUUCUACCACCAACGAGAUGAUCACGAACAAAGCGGACGGUCAGAGGAGAAUGUACAAAAUAAAGAGCGGUGGUCUUUACGACGAGGUCUUAGGACAGAAGGUGCACGAGUUUAGGAAAUCC